AUGGAGGAAGUAUCUCCAACGGUUGCUAUGCCAUUCAUACCUUUCCCAGAAACCCAGAUGGAACUCGCGGGGAUCAUGUUGGGUAAAGGUUACUGCAACGGUCAAUACUCAACUCAAGAUUCCGACAACGAAGAUACUAGACCGGAGACGACUUCAUGCUCUGUUUCUGAGUCUAGGAAAGUUUUGUCCUCUCGGAUCAAUUCUCCCAACUUCAACAUAAAGAAUCAAUCAGCUGAUAUCGCCGCCGGCUCAGAUGAGAGAUCGACGGUUGAGAAGAAGAUGAUCAGCAGAACAGAGAGUAGGACUCUGUUCGAGUUCAAGAAUGUGUCAUUGUACGGUGUGACUUCAAUCUGUGGAAGGAGACCAGAGAUGGAAGAUGCUGUCUCAACAAUACCAAGAUUCUUUCAGUCUCCGACCAAUCCUCAGUCCACCGCUCAUUUCUUCGGUGUCUACGACGGUCACGGCGGUUCUCAGGUAGCGAACUAUUGUAGAGAGAGGAUGCAUGUGGCUUUAGCGGAGGAGAUAGAGAAGGAGAAGCCGAUGCUAUAUGACGGUGACACGUGGCAGGAGAUGUGGAAGAGAGCUUUGUUCAACUCUUUCCUUCGCGUUGACUCAGAGAUCGAGUCAGUGGCUCCGGAGACUGUGGGGUCAACGUCGGUAGUCGCUGUUGUCUUCCCGACUCAUAUCUUUGUUGCGAACUGCGGUGACUCUAGAGCCGUUCUUUGUCGUGGCAAAACUGCGUUACCUUUAUCCACUGAUCACAAGCCGGAUAGAGAAGAUGAGGCGGCGAGGAUUGAAGCCGCGGGAGGGAAAGUGAUCAAGUGGAACGGUGCACGUGUGUUUGGUGUUCUAGCCAUGUCAAGAUCCAUUGGCGAUAGAUACUUGAAACCGUCGAUUAUUCCUGAUCCGGAAGUGACGGCUGUGAAGAGAGUUAAGGAAGAUGAUUGUCUGGUACUAGCGAGUGACGGUGUUUGGGAUGUAAUGACUGAUGAGGAAGCGUGUGAGAUGGCGCGGAAGCGAAUUCUCUUGUGGCACAAGAAGAACAUGGUGGCCGGAGAUGCGUCGUUGCUGACGGAGGAGCGAAGAGGUGAAAGAGAAGAUCCGGCGGCGAGGUCUGCAGCUGAGUAUUUGUCAAAGCUGGCUUUGCAGAGAGGAAGCAAAGACAAUAUAACUGUGGUGGUGGUUGAUUUGAAGCCGCAUAGGAAACUCAAGAUCAAAGCCAUGACUUGAGACAGAGGGUCCUUUUUCUAUCUUUUAUCAAUGAAUAUAGGUCUCUCAAAGAAACAAAAUUAUAAUUUUAAAAUUAACAUGUUAUAAUCAUGUAAGAUAAUUAGUAGCUUUAAGUGUUAAGCUCUUUGUCUUAACGUCCUAAAAGCCCCUUGUUUUUUUCCUCCGGGGCUAAUUGUAAUAUGGUUAC